GCGGUUAAAAAAUUACAAUUAAUAGAUUUCAUAUGUUUUGGUAGAUUUCGAUUUGAAAACAAAUAUCCUCCUGAAUCAAUCCAUAACUGUAUAACAAUUCAAUCACUCCAUAACUAACAAAUUCCCUUUAUCUUGGUAGAGUCCAAAUUGGAAACAAACAACCCCUCUUGAAUCGUUAUCUUGGUAGAGUCCAAAUUGAAAACAAACAACCCCUUUUGAAUCAAAUCUUAUCUUUAAAUGAAGUCUAUCUCUCGCUUUGAAUCUCUGAAUAACCACAGUAUAUAAGCCUUCCAUAUUCUCACCCAUUCCUGUUUCCACAAAGCAAAAGAAAUGGAUUCAGGAAUAAAGAAUGCAACGGUGAUAAAGGUGAUUGGAAGGACAGGAUCAAGAGGACAGGUGACUCAAGUGAGAGUUGAAUUUAUGGAUCACUCCAAACGUCAAAUUACAAGGAACGUGAAGGGUCCUGUCAGAGUUGGUGAUGUUCUUACUCUGCUGGAGUCUGAAAGAGAGGCUAGGAGGCUUCGUUGAUUACAAAUUACUUCCUCCCUUUAAUGGUUCUUCUCAUGUUUUUUAUUAUUUAAAUAGUCUGAUUUAAUUUUUGCUAAUGCAAGUUCUGAUUUUUUGAAUAAUAAUUCUUUCAUUUGGUACAAUGCGAAAGAUUUUUUGAAUUUAUGUUUUGUGAUUUUUCUUAUUUACUCAUUCUCCACAUACUUUCUCGAUCA